CGGAGCUUUGCGGAGGCAUGUGGCGGGCCCGCAGCGGUGGGGGCUGCCGCUGCCGCCUCUCUUUCCAUCAGCUUUCGCGGCCCGGAGGGCGGAGGUGGGAUGUGGCUGCUCCGGGGAGGGACCAAAUAGCUCCCUCUGCUAUUGGGAAUGUCUUUUGCAAGUGCUGAUGGGAUGUGCUACUUAAGACCUGACAGCAGCUUUUAAAUCUGGAGGUACUAUCCAGAGAAGUUUCGUUUCCUUCCAAGGCAGGCCUUCAAGAUGUGGACAGCUGUUGGGUCUUUUCUGUUGAUCUCCUUAUGUGUGUCUGAAAACGGCAGCUCCAUCUUAAAGGAGAGGGGGGUCCAGGUAACACAUGUACAUCUGCUCAGCAGUGAAAAGCAUUGCAAGCAAGCUUGUAAAGGCCCAACAGCAUCAGGUAAUCUCUACUGCUGGUCAGUGCUGUAUCAGAGCCGCUGUGUCCUCUUGCGCUGUCCUCAGCUGAGUGCAUGUCAGAACGCCAGCACACAGGAUGUUAAAGAACUAAUGGGAGAAUUUGUGAUCCGUAAAAGGAGAGAUCAUGAAGGAGCCCUUCAAACAAACAACACAGGAAAGUCUGUUGGAGAGCAGGAGCUACUGAAUAAAACAAGACUUGCUGAGACAGAAACAAAAGUGCCUCUUUUGCCAAAAGCUCCAGAGAGGAAGGUAGCAGAAGGUACUGCAGUCAGCACAACUACCACUGCCACUUCCACGAUCGCUGCCAUCUCCCAAGGUAGAGCAACAGCCAUAACCACAGCUAGUAACAACGUAACCACAACUCAUGGUAACACAACUCGUGGCAUCCCAAAUGUGACUUCUGGUCCCAGCACUCCCCCUCAGAAACCAUUGUUGCCUCCCACACCUUUCCAUUUAACUGAAAGUGCUAUUACUGUUAACAGUACAUCAAGUUCAAAAGGGGCGCAGACCAGUAAGUUAACUUUGGGAGCUGCUAACACAACAGAAACUCCUCCCAGGACUAUUCCUACUUCUUUUGCCACAGCAGCAAACAAUCCAGUGCUUCCCAUAACCCUCAAAACAGGUAUGGCAACUGGCACUCUUGUACCAGUGAACUCUAGCAGUGUUGGAAGCAGCUCAAGAAGCCCAGUAAACUCAUCUUCAAAUGCAGCUGCCCAAAAUCCACCAGCAUCAGCCACCCAGAAUUCACUAACUACAGCCACCCAGAAUCUAUCAGCUUCAACCACCCAGAAUCCACUAACUACAGCCACCCAGAAUCCAACAGCUUCAACAGCCACUGGCAUAUCUCAGACAACCAAGAGACCAACCACAGUAGCAACAAAGUCAGCUGAACUCACAACAAUUGUAAAAACAACUCCAGAUAGGGUAAUGCCUCGUGUGACUGCAAAGGGUGCUGAAACCACCACCGCUGCAGAGCAACCUGCGAGUGCUACGCGUCAACCAGUGCUUGUCACAACUUAUAUAAAUCCCUUGUCAGUGUUUGCAACGAAAAGUCCAGUGGCACCGCCCAAAUCAGUAACCAUAAACCAAGGCCAAGAUCAGCAGGACACAGGUAGUGAGGGUAGCUAUCGUCCAGUAGAUGUUAGUUUGCUCUUAGCAGUGCUUCUGUUUGGAGUCCUGUUUUUUGUAACAAUUGUAGUAUUGUUUGUGAUACAGGCCUAUGAGAGCUACAGGAAGAAAGACUACACCCAAGUGGACUACCUAAUCAAUGGGAUGUAUGCAGACUCAGAGAUGUGAAAGCAAUAGCAAUCCAAAGCGAGGCAUUCAAUAUAUACAUCUACUUGUUGUGGGAGGUCGAAAGCCAUGGGUGGCUUGUCUUUCAGUUCCCUGUUCUGCCUAUAAGACCAACUGAAAGUGCUUCCAAAUAACCUUUGGUGCAAUGUAGGAGAAAUGCCAUGUAUUCUACUUCUAAAAGUAUUUUUUUUAACCAUCAGGUUGCCACUGACAUAUUAUUUCUCAGUUUUUGCUUCUGUUGUGCCAGUUUUGUUUUGCCAUUGCAAAGAGGGGCUAAUGCUGCAGGCAGCCCUCCUCUGAGGACUGUGGUGCUUCCUAGGCUCCUGUUCCUCAAGUUCUGUUGAUACCCUGCCUAUCCCUGCAUAACAAAGAGCAAAAAGGGGCUGUCUCUGCCUGCAAGGCACUGUGUUGACUGCUGCCAGUCCAGAUGGAUUGCAGAGGACUGGCAGCAUUGGUGCAGGUGGCAGAACCCUAAAGAGUGACAGGUGCAAACCCCCCCCCUUGGCCUAGGUGGUGACCCUUCCAUACGGUACGUUUCCUUUUUUUCUGCUUCCAGCUAUAGCACUGAACCAGCUGCGGGAGACGCUGCUGGCUUGAGAUGCAACCUUAGGAGCGAUGCUUGUUGGCAGGUUAUGAGUGCUGGACGGAAAGCUCUUUAGAACCGUGAGGCAUUCCUAAUGCUCCCUGCCAGGGGCAAUGUUGGCAGAACAGGCAUCUUAUUUCAGUGAGCUCCCUGCUUCUUUAAAAUGUGUGUACUAAGCCAUGUUCAUGCUGUGCUGUUUCCUAAUCGUGACUGUUCUUCGCUGAGGUGCUUCUGCAUCUUUAUAUGAUUUUAUUUUUGUACCCACUCAAUAAAUGAGGCCCUGGAGGGCAUGUAAAGGUUU